AUGAAAACCCCAAGAUCUUCAUACGUUUGUGAAACGUCUCUCGUGAUGGUGUUAACCAUAUUCUUGCUCUUCAUUUUAGGACAAGCAAGUGCAGUGGGUGUUCUCAACAACAUGAUAUGUUUUAAUGGAGUACCGUACGCGUGUCCUGACAAGUGCGAUAUAAAGUGUAAAGAGAAUGGUUUUAAUGGAGGGAUAUGUGUAACUGGAAGUCUCAAAGUUGCGCAAUGUUGUUGCGAUAAAAGGCUUACGCCAUCGAUAUUGUCUUAUAUGGUUAAGCCUCCCCCAUCGAUAUUGUCUUAUCCCGUUAAACCUCCUCCAUCGAUAUUGUCUUAUCCUGUUAAGCCUCCCCCAUCAAUAUUGUCUUAUCCUGUUUAA